GGACGACUGAGCGACAGGAAACCCCAAGAGACUCUGAAACACCAAAAUGAAUGUCAUCAAGAUGCAACCCAGUCCAAAUGCGGGUUCGGAACCACACGGGAACCACCCGGAACCCCCACACAUCCUGGGGCUUGGUGCAUCUCCUUCGCAUUUGGAUAUUUGAGUGAAAUGUCUUGAGAGCUUAUCCAAUAGCGCAACCACAAAUGUUUGUUGGGAGUUUGGAAGGGGAUCGUUGAGCCGAAGAAUCCACAGCCAUUUGUGUGUGUGCAGUCGACGGCCAAUGUGGCUCGAAGCAUCGCUUCAUCCGGUACUGUAGCUGCGUGUUUAUGCGUUGGCUCCUGGCAUGCUUGCUGGCCCUAGUUCCAGCCCAAGAGACAGGACUCGAGCCCGACGGAGCGGUCCAGCUGCAGCUUCACCGAGUCCGUGAUGACUACGUGGACCUGCUCAUUGUCGUGCCGAGUGAGGCGAAGGAGGUCCAAGAGCGCAGAUUGAUCAGAGACAGCUGGGGCAAGUACCUGGCCGAUGGACACUGCAAGGUGUGCGGCUCCAAUCGCCGUGUGAAGCUGCUCUUCGGCCUCGGGGCACGAACCAACCAGUCCCUGCAGGAGGAGAAGGAUUGGGCAGAUGUGGCAGUGCUGUCACUGGACUCGAAGCUUGACUCCCCGAACCAGCAGGCCAUGAAGACCCGAAUCCUGAUCGCACACGCAGUGGAGAAGUAUGACUUUGGGCUGUUGCUGAAGGUGGACCCUCACUCCUUCGUCUUCCUGGAUCGCUUACUGUCUUUGGCGGAGGGCAAGAAGCUCUUCCCCUCGGACGAGACACCUGAUAUCUAUGGCGGGUAUUUCGCCUAUCAGGACAAACAAGUCAAGAAGAUGGAGGGAAAAUUGAAGGAUCUGGACUAUCGAAAAUUGACUGGCCAUAAUCGAUUCCCGAAGUAUGCAAAAGGCGCUGGGUAUUUGCUUAGCCGAAGACUUUGCAGAUGCUUGGUGCCAGAAAGUAUGUCAUGUUUGAUUGGGCUCCCAUGCCAGCUCUACGCAGCUUGUCCAACGAGGACGUGUCAGUCGGCUUCUGGUUGCAGCCCGUUUCACACUGGAACGUGCAGUUGCCUGUGGCGACAGCUGCGGUCGGCUGUAAGGAGAAGGAGAAGAUCAUCGACCACCCGGUGCCGCCGGAGGAGAUGACACGGCGCGGCCAGGCGCUGGCCGCUACAGGAGACUGUGACUGGGAGAGGGUCUUUUCAGAGUUUCACUCCUUGGGGCCGAACACCGCACGGCGCCGCACGGCGCCGCACGGCGUCGUCGUUUCGUGAGGAGAUCCCUGCGCCGCUGCGUGAAAUGCGGAGGAGCUACCCGUGUGUUGAAAGAAGGAUGUGAUAGACCGUUGAAGCAUCUGAAUCUGAUGUGCACAACAGGAGAUUAAAAAGUGUCCGAAUGAGGGGGUGUUGCUUUAGUUUACUUGCUCCUUCUAUGCAUGUCUAGUGCCAGGUCUGCUGCGGUGGAACCCCCCAACACUGGCCUUGAGAGCCCAGAUGACACAUUGAACCACCCUCCUCAUCUAAACCACGAACCAGGUGAAGGGUCCAAUGAUUGAUCUCCUGCACAUGUAGCUCAGACUGUCUGGGAACCUUAAAACCCACCUCGAGUCGUCCUUUUCCGAGGCUCCAGCCUUUACACCUGGGCAGAUGUGGCCAGGUAUGCAAGCUGCAGGCAUGCGAGAACAGCGUUAAAGG